AUGCGUUACUAUAUAUUGAUUACCGUUCUGAUCACUGAAGUUCUGACUGAAACUGAACACGAAUUUGUGCCGAUUGGGAAAGAUACGGCUCCGCACACGAUUAAUGUGACUUUGGAGAGACCGUUGCCGAAGAGCGUCGGGAGUACUGUAGUUUCUCAUAAAGUGUUCACUGAAGAUGGCAUCAAGUAUACUGAAAUAGUCCGGAAAACACCUUCGGGAGGAACUCAAGUUGCUCAUAUCAAAGGAGAUGUCGUGAGUUUCACGGUUAAUCAAGAAACGCUUUUCUUCUUUAAUUCUUUCAGAGACCUUCCCUUCUCCCUGUGCCUGUUCCCGAUCUGUCCGGACUGAUGAGAAGAUUGCAAACGACGAUUGCGGCACGACUGGAAAUGCCUGCCCAUCCGCUGCCCAAUGAUAGCUUCUUCACUCGUGCAGUUGUUUCCGUCACGCCUACUGCAGCAGUAGAAGAGUUCGUUCCCGCGUUUCUUUCGUUUUCUGCCUCCUGGAGGCGUUCAAAAAUUGCGUAUGGCACCCAUGUUUCAGGGGCCAUCGCGGGCAAUUGGGAAAAGUUUUCAACCAGCAAUAAACGCACCUCGGCAAAGCCUCAUUGGUCACGUUAUCGCCCCAGCGCAAAGCUGAUGUGAACGGCCGAGUGACGGGAGGUCAUGCGGACUGCGUGCCGACUUCUCACGGGUUCCGCCCGUCACUAUGCGAUGCACGCGGCUAGGCCACGCCCACUUUUCCUAAAAGGGACUCAUUUGCAAAUGGAAUGAUCUUCUGAAUUUCAGCCCGAUCUACCCGCAAAAUUCGGGAUUCGCUCCGCCCACAGUGGUUCCGUUUCCUCCCCCUGCGUACCCUCCAAUGAUGAUGUAUCCUCCGGCUCCGUACAGUCUUCUGGGCCGCGUGGAAAGCAUGACUGGCAACAUUCUGGACAAUGUGAUGGAGUUUGUGAUGGGAAGACGUCGAUGA